AUGACGAAUAACAAUAAUUAUCAAUACUAUCCACUAGAAAAUGAAGAACUCGAUGCACCAAUUCCUACAUCCUGCCAUAGCAAUACCAAUAAUACUUUAAUAUGGUUAGAUGAAGACGCAUUGAAUUUAACAUCACCUAACACUCAACUUACAAUCGAAAUGUUUAAAAGUAUAGCAGGUACUGAUUACAAAUUAUACAACAGUGUAGAAAUGUUCCUUGCAGCGAUUCAGAGUAUAGCUAAAAUAUCGAAACUUAUAGUUAUUACAUCGGGAUGCUUUGCAGAGAAUCUACUUCCUAAACUAUCCUUAUCAUUAUUACGAGAACUGUCAUCAAUAUUUAUAUUUUGCAAAGAUUCUACUAAAUAUCAAUAUUUACAGAAAAAAUGUCGAAAAAUAAUGGAUAUUUGUACUGAUGAGCAGUCAUUAAAAGAAGCAAUUGAAGAUGAAUUACAUCCAUCAACAGAUUUUCUCGUUAUGGAUCAAAAUUUAAAACCUCUAUUUAGUCUAACGGACAAUUGUCAGGAAUUUAAUUUAUAUAAAAAAUAUAUCGAAGUCUUAAAAUAUUAUCCAUGGUCAUCAGAGAAUAGAAAAAAGAUGCUUAAUGAAUGCAAAAAACAUUAUCGGAAGGAUAGCGCUCAGAGAAGAAGAAUUGAAGAAUUUAAAUAUAGCUAUACAGCUGAAACAGCGAUUCAGUGGUAUACUAGAGACAGUUUUAUUUAUCGACUGGUGAAUAAAGCAUUGAGAUCUUUGGACAUGGAACAGAUUAAUAUAUUUCGACCUUAUAUUAAAGAUUUAUGUAAACAACUAGAAGAGUUACAUAAACAAAAUCAAUCAGAUAUACCACUGACAAUAUUUCGUGGACAUGGGAAUAUGACUAUGGAUCAAUUUGAAAAACUCAAAGAGAAUAUUGGUGCUUUAAUAUCAUUCAAUGGAUUUCUAUCAGCUACAAUAGAUUACAAUGUGGCAGUCAUAUUUGCAGGUUCUCUGUUGACUGAAGAUAAAUCAGUCAUAUAUGAAAUUCGAACUAAUUAUAAUUUGAAAAAUGUUGUAUUUGCUGAUAUUACGCAACUUUCAGCCAUGGAGGAUGAAAAAGAAUUUUUAUUUAGUCUUUGUUCUAUAUUCAGAAUUGAUGGUAUUACAAAUGAUGAUGAAAAUCAAUUGUCAAAAAUUAUAAUGAGUGCAGUAGAUGAAGAUGCGAUAAAUAUUGCUGAACAGAUUAAAAUUGAAAUAAUUCAAGGAGAAGAGAACCAUUUCUUUUGUUGUAUAAAUCAAUAUUGUCAUAAGCAAUAUAUUAUUAAAGCAUUUGCUAUCAUCUUUCUUAUUAUGGUAAUGGCGUUAGGUAUAAUUUUUGGUAUUAAUAUUAAACUAAAAGAUCACACCUUAAAGUUAAACAACUGUGUUGGUUCAAAUUGUACGACAUUUAGUGCAACAACAACAACAACAACAGUAAUAACAACAGCACCGAUAAACAUCAAAUCAUCAGCAGUAACGAAUUUAAUAAAGACUGCUUCGACAACGCUUGACUACGGCACAACGAAUACAACAGUAUCAACACGGAUAGAUUGUGUUCCUGUUGGAUGGAAUUAUAAAGGCGAUUUAAUAAAAAAUGAAAGUAGUACUACUGCGUUCGCUGUUGAUGAUGAUCUAAAUGUGUACACUGGUAGUUUUUAUUAUAAAAGUUUAGAUAAAUGGUCACCUCAUGAGAAUAUUAAUCCCGAACCUUUAAUGAAUGGUAAGAUUCUACUCAGUUGUAAUGAAUUAUAUGUCAAUUCAGCUGAUGAUAUAUUCGUGCUAGAUACGUUCACACGUGUAUUGCGCAAAUGGUCAGUUAACAGUUCUUCUCCAAUUGUUGUGGCAGAUGGAAAUAAAACUGACUUAGUUGUUAAUCCAGUAUCAUAUCCAACGAAUUUUGCAGUAGAUGAAACUAAUAAUAUCAUAUAUUUAUUAGAUACUCCUUAUAAACGUAUUUUCAAAUAUACUAAUGGAUCAGAAAUUGGAAUUACUAUUGUUGAUGGAUCACCUGUUCAAAUGUUCGCAAGUAGAAUGGGGGUAGAUAUCGACCCGUUAGCAAUCGCUGUUGAUAAAACUGGUUAUAUUAUCUUAGGUGAAAAAGAUAGAAUAACCAUAUGGUCAUCCGAUGGUAAAUUUAAAGGCAUAGCUAUGAAAAAAUAUCAAGAUAACCGGUCUACUAUAGUACAAAAUAUGAGUGCUGGAGUAAUGGUAUUUGACAGAUUCGGAAAUUUGUAUGUUCAAAUGUGAGAAUCAGAUUCUCAAGAUGGUACAUUAAAAUUUCGUCAACAAUGGCCAUUGAAUGAUCCUAAACAUGUUGAUAAUACUCGACGUAUUGCCCAUUGUCGAAAUUAUCUUCUUCAACGUGCUCGUGCUAAUUUUGGAUGGUUUGAUUAUUAUGGAGUAGUCGAUGUUGAUAGGGCUUCAUUGCCAAAAUUUACAGUCAGUAAUUUUCCCUCAAAUUUCAUUUAUCUAUUAUCAUCAUGGGCGAUAAUGACAGCUUCUCAAAUAGAUGUUUAUUAUGAUCUUUGGGGAUUGCGUGCAUCGCCAACAAUGUCAUUUUAUUUUAUAGUAUAUUCUCGACAAGUAUCAUUCAUUGAUUUAAGUGAAGAAUGUCCUUAUAAUGGUUGGAUGGAUCAUGGAUUAGGUGAUGGAAAUUUUUUUAUUAAUACAAUGUUUGAAACUACUCCAGUACAAGAGAUCAGACGUAAAAAAUCUCUACGUUUAAAUAGAAAAAAUUUGUAA